UGAUGAGCGUCUGAUGAUGCAGGUCAUAGACGCAGAGGAGACAUACAUGACAGAGUGGCUGGAGGCCCAGCGAGCCAUCAUGGAGGCCCAGAUCAAAGAGAUAGACAGCCUCAGAGCCUCCAGCAAAUCACUCCUGCAAGAAAGCAAUGAGCUGCGAUUCCUACAGCAAAUCACAGCACAGAAUCUUUGUGACCCUUUGGAUGUAGCACCGAUCCAGGAAAUAGACAAAGAUCUGUGUGACCUUGAGAAGCUGAGAACAGUAGAGAGGCUGGUGGACGACCUCUCAGUAGCUCUGUCCCAACACUUUCCACGAAUGUGGUCAUAUCUAAGUUCUCCUGCUCUGGACUCGAAGUCAGCCCAUCCAAAACUGGAAAUAUCCCAGGACAAGAAACAAGUGUACUGGAGAAGGCAGCCUGUGAGUGAAGCUCUGAGCCCUCAGCCAUAUGACUCCCAGUACAGUGUCCUGGCUCAGGAGAGUUUUACUACAGGCCAGCACUACUGGGAAGUCAUUGUCCAGGAGAAACCUUACUGGCUAGUAGGUGUGACCACUGGACCAGUUGAUAAAAAAGAUACUCCAAAUCAGAGUUCCUCCAGCCUGGGUGUGAACAACAAAUCCUGGUGCAUCUACCAUGGAGAUGGACAGUACCUUGCAUGCCAUGAUACCCAGGAGAAGCAGCUGUCAGUGGGAACAAGAGUCAGAAAGCUGGGCAUACUGGCAAAUCUCCAGAAGGGGGAGCUGUCAUUCUACGAUGCUGACGCUAUGACCCUGCUUCACUCUUUCUGUGUGCAGUGCACAGAGCCUCUCUACCCAAUGUUAAACCCAUGCAUUGAUGUGAAUGGACUCAACAAGCAGCCGCUUACCUUGUUUUGGAUCAAGGACCCCUGGGAUUGGCAUGUAAACACAGAUGAGGGUAAAGAGUGAACAGAGGACAACCUUAAAUGACUGCGUUGUGCACCAAGAUUCACUGAUCCACUGAAAUCAAGUUUUGCUGUGGUUGUCACACUUAUAUGACUAUCAUUGGUUUACCUGACUGGAUCUGGCCCAGGUGAAACUAAAACUUUGAUCAAGGAAUUCACCUACCUCUACUGUAUGUUAUCAUAUAGUUCUCAUUACCAGCACCACUGGGCGAGAGGGCAAGGCUUAAUGUACUGUAUUAUUAUAGUUUUCUGAGAUUAUAUUAUUGUAAUGCUGAUGUUUUACUGAAAGCUGUGAAGUAAGAAAUAUAGUCAAGAAGAGAUAUUUAAAGUUUUUCAGUCUAGUAUAUGAUCUGUAGUCUAUAUUAACUAUUCAGUGUCACAUACGGUAAAUAUUUCAUCAAGCCCUAUCGGGUGCAUCCUCAACACUUUUGUUCCAUGGUAAAGACUAAUCUAAUCGGUCAGCAGCUUAGCAGCUCUCAUGUUUGACUUGAUGUAGUUCAGGAAGUAAAUGACCCGUGCGUAAACUACUGGCUCAUUCUUUGUCCCACUGUCCCCUCAGCUCACCAGACCAUGGAGGGCAUGCGUGCCUCUGUUCUCACAUGUCAGUGACCUUAAAGAGUUGCUGCCCUGCAGCAAACACAAUACCGAGUAAGGCCAAUCAUGUGUCACCCAGGACAUUUUCAUAGACUUUAGAGCUGGAGUAUAAUUUGUGGCACAUCAACAGAACCUUGCAAGACAUAAGCAGCGCUAAAAAAGUAUAAAAAAAAAAAUGUAACCCUACUUGAUUGUGAGCUGUCAUGUUGUGUACUUGUGUAUAAAAGGUAUAUUCAUGAAAGCCCAGAUGACAGGCUGCAAUAAAAUAACUUUACGGACAUUCAGGCACUGUGACUCUCCUUAUCCUGAUUAAGGGUGUAGCUAUUAGUUCUGCCACCCUUGGGCCUGGUGAGGACAAGACAUUUGGCACAGAAAAGCAUAAAGAGACGCCCAGGAUUGAAGUUAAUAAGAAGAAGCAUUUAUCAGUAUGGCAUAAUAUAUCCUGUCUACUGUAUACUGAUGUAUGUGACUCCAUGUCUCCAAGGAAUAAUGUGUAUAUGCUUGUUAUUAGAAGUCAUCUUCCACCCCACUACAAUUAUAAUGCAAUUUCUGUUGCAAGACCAUGGAGAAAUACCGUGCUUGAUUAAUAAGAGAAUACAACACUUUCCCUUAAAAGCCUCAGGGUGGUCACAUUGAACAUUUAUUUUGUCUUUUCCUUUUCCACACACUCUUCAUUUUUAGUUUCAGGUUUUAGAUUGCCUCAGGAUUCUAGGUCACAUGUAACAGAUAAAAACACAUUAAACUGAAUGACAAUGCACCUUUACUCCACAACAGAACUAUUUGAUAAAAUUCUUCCAAAGCUUUUUAGGAGGGUUGUAUUAAGUAGCACUGGAAUUUAAAAAUGAUAUCGUAGACCUGAAAAGUCUAAAGUCUAAACUAUCA